AAUUCUCGCCUUUCUGCACGCAGUCGCCCCAUCUUCUUCAAUCUUCUGUUCAGUUUCCACGCUCGCCUUUCAAGCCGGUCACCCUCUCUCUGCCGGUGUUCAGUUGCUCGCACUUCUUCAACCCAGCCACCCCCACCCCAACACUCUCCACUUGCCCUUGAAACGGACGCCCUCCUUGUCGUCCGCCUUCCCGCCACACUUUGGAUUUGGUGUUGAACUUGUUUUCUGCUUAUAUUUUGAGAUUGUCGGAACCACUUUCACCGCCGUUAGUCACCGGAAACCUACCGGAGCGCGGAGGCUAAGGAUCGAAGAUGAGCGUGAUCGACCUUUUGACCAGAGUAGAUGCGAUCUGCCAGAAGUACGACAAAUAUGACAUAGAAAAGCAGAGAGAUCUCAAUGUCUCCGGCGACGAUGCCUUCGCUCGUCUCUACGCCACCGUUGAAGCUGACAUUGAAGCCGCUCUACAGAAAGCGGAGGAUGCUUCUAAAGAGAAGAAUAGGGCAUCCGUGGUGGCGUUGAAUGCGGAGAUUCGUCGUACGAAGGCUCGAUUACUGGAGGAAGUUCCCAAGUUGCAAAGGUUGGCUGUAAAGAGGGUUAAAGGGCUAUCAACUGAAGAUCUUACCACUCGAAAUGAUUUGGUGCUUGCAUUACCGGAUAGAAUUCAAGCUAUACCAGAUGGAACUGUGACUACCACGAAGAAUAAUGGGGGCUGGACAUCCUCAGCUUCACGGACUGAAAUCAAAUUUGACUCAGAUGGGCGGUUUGAUGAUGAGUACUUCCAACACACCGAGCAGUCCAGUCAGUUCAGGCAGGAGUAUGAAAUGAGGAAAAUGAAGCAGGAUCAAGGAUUGGACAUGAUAUCAGAAGGGUUAGAUACUCUGAAGAAUAUGGCACAUGAUAUGAAUGAGGAAAUAGACAGGCAAGUCCCUUUGAUGGACGAGAUUGACACUAAGGUGGACAAGGCUGCAUCUGACCUUAAGAACACCAACGUUAGAUUAAAGGACACAGUUAACCAGCUAAGGUCCAGCAGAAAUUUCUGUAUUGAUAUCAUUUUGUUGUGUAUAAUCUUGGGGAUUGCUGCCUAUCUAUACAAUGUGUUGAAGAAGUGAGCUAACAAAGGGGAGAAAUCUUCAUGUUCUCGUGGAAUAUUUGUGUCAAGUUUGCUAAGAAGAAUAUCUGUAUCCAGUACAUUAUCUGAUCGUGUUUGUGUUGUUUAUAAUAUUUGUAUGUCAUAUUCUUUUACACCGGACUCGCUGUGUACUAUCAAUUCUUGGUUAUGUUGCUUGAUUCUUUAAUGUUGCACUUGUAUAACCUGUCCUUGCUUUUGGCUUCAAAUUUGAAUACUGAUAGCCCAUGCUUGACAUUUUAGAUCAGAUGUAGAAAUCAAGACAACAUGUAUUGAAAUGUUUUGUGAUAACAGCCAUCUGAUCGAUGAAUGUCGUUGCCAUGUAAGCUCAUCCUUCCCUAAUGGAUUGUAUACAACCACUGCUUUUGUUUA